AUGGGCUCGGCCCUUCGCUCUUCUCCCGUCGAAGACCGACCGGCAACCUGCCGACCUUUUCUCUUACCCCAAGUCAUGGACGAACCGAAAUCCAAUUUAGAAGUGAAAUGCAAAAUUAACUUUUCUGCGGAGCCAAUUAUUUGCCCACCCACCUCCAAUGGAACUUGCUGGGUUGAUCUAUUUCGAAACCCUGUCGUCGUUGAAGGAUAUCCCAUCAAGCGGCGAUCAAUCCUCCACCCGGGGCUAGAGAUGCAUAUCGGCCUGAUGGCAAUUCUUGUCGGAACCUCGCAUGUACAGCCUUUUGCGGGGAAGUUGUUUUUCAAAGGCUUCUCGACAAUGUUGAUGUCUAUCAAACGUGACACCGACGUCAUGUUGUGGCAUUUAACAUCCUGCAAGGACGGUGAGAGAGUAUCGUACAAUGAAGGAAUCCAUCUGUCAAAUUACACGGUGCAGCCAGCAGACCUUGAACAUUCUCGUCACAUCCUUGGGUGGUGUUCAGCCGCAAUAUGUAUGGCAGGUGAUCCGCAUGCAUCCUAUCAAAUCGAGAGCUCAAAUCUCCCCAAAGCCUCCAAGGGAUGUUUGUUGGCAAAUGCUUCGAUCACAACGAGUCAUCCAAUCGACGACAGGGAAAUAUUUGCUGUCGGCAAGAAGGAUUCUAGGGUGCGUGGUGCGGGCAGUCAUUAUACCAAAAAUCUCAAAUGGAUUGAGCAAAAGUUCUUCCUACUUUGGGACGAAGAAGAAAAACGUGGUUGGCUAGUGAAUGGUACAAGUACUCUCCUGCAUCUUGUUCUAGCCUCGCUCGAACGGGACGGCGGGGGGCCCUUCAUGAGCACAGUGGCGUUUGAUCGCAACAACCUCAAAUAUCCCCGUCGCUAUCAGCCUUGCUCUGCGUCGUGGACUCUAGGUGAUGGUUCCAAUAGGCAAGCCUAUGUGUAUGAAUACAAUGAUGAUCAACGUGUGCGCUUUGAUGAGCACGUCACUGAGCUGUUCGAGGUUUUGGAAAAGACAAUUGACUUGCAAUCGGCCGCUUUGACUUCUUGUCCUGCAUUGGGUGCACCGAGAUCACGAUUGGAAGGCUGGGAGUUGAAUAACUUGGUAUCUGAGUGUGAUCCUAUCUACGCAAAAGAAGCCAAGUUAGAUCCAGCUGGCCUGUCUUGGGUAGAUCUUAUCAGGUCUAUUCGGGCAGUCACUUUAUUUGGCUCUGGGUUCGGGGAUAUCAUUCGAUCAAGUGCUUCAUGCACUGAGUGGAGUCAGGUUCCUACUGGAAAGUCCUACUUGACGGUCUGCCACGAGGACUUAAAGCGAAUCGCAACCAACUGCUGUGGAAAUCUGAAUUCAAAUCCGCCAAUAUUGACUGACCAAAUCAUCUGGCAUGUUCCAGAUAGAAUAUCAGCAAGAUGUGAGUGUACAGUCAAUGAUCAGAGCUCACAUUCCGACAUCGUUCAAACUCUUUUGCCAUCAAAGUUGGCUCGACGACUACCGCCGAUGAAAAAAAGCGGGAAACUAAGCGGCGGCGCUUUUAUUUUUGGUGAAAACCAAUCGAACCUGUGGUAUUGGCCUGACACAGGAGAGCCUUUGAGACAGCCAUUCAGACCGAGAGCUCCAAAAUCCGAUCAUGGUAGCGAAUCAUUGUCCCAUGAUAGCGGAAUUGGAGACAGUCUGUCCUCGUCAGAGUCAGUCUCGAUACAAAGCAUGGACCGGAGUUAUGAUAGAGUACCUGCAAAAAGGGCAAUGCUGUCUUUGAGAACCACCCAGAUAUCGACCCACGCCUACACCGUUGGAAUCAUCUGUGCACUCCCUAUUGAGCUAAAAGCAGUACGGAUGCUGUUUGAUGAGUCCCAUAAAAGGCAAGCUCCACCCACGGAUCCUAAUGCCUAUGUUUUUGGGUGCAUGUCUGAUAACUUCGUCGUCGCUACUUGUCUUCCAAAUGGCGAGUAUGGCAUCGGAUCGGCUACCGAUGUUGCAUCCAACAUGAAGAGAACGUUUCUGUCUCUCCAGUUCUGCUUGUUGGUUGGCAUUGGAGGUGGUGCGCCUUCAGCAACGAACGAUAUUCGAUUGGGAGAUGUCGUGGUCAGCAAGCCGGUGGGCGAGAAUGUCGGUGUCCUGCAAUAUGACAUGGUCAAGACGCUGGAAAAUGGGAAUAUUCAGCUCAAUGGACACCUUCAGCCCUCCCCUCGCUUCCUGAGAUCUGUGUCAAGUCUUAUGCAGUCUGAUCCAAGUAUCUCCCUCUCAUCGCUGGAGCCAUAUCUGCAACAGAUAAGCGAGCAAGAUGCUGAAUUUUCAUACCCAGGAGCUGCCAAUGACAAUCUCUUCCAUCCUCAACAUCCACACCCUACAGAUCAGCCCACCUGUGAUAAUUGUGAUCCAUCCAAGAUGCAAGAUCGGCCCAAGCGAUCGACGAGUCAUCCGCGCAUACAUUACGGCUUAAUUGCAUCAGGGAAUCAGGUGAUGAAGAGCGCCGAGACAAGAGACAAUAUCGCGAAGAAGUACAAUGUAAUGUGCUUUGAAAUGGAAGCUGCAGGCAUCGUGAACAUACUGCCAUCCUUGAUCAUCCGUGGAAUUUGCGAUUACUCCGAUUCACACAAGAACAAAGAAUGGCAGAACUAUGCAGCUGCCACUGCUGCCGCAUUUGCCAAGCAUCUUCUCUCUCAUGUCGUGACAGCAACAGAGCCUGCAUAUCGAUUUUAUUCUCGAGCAUCGCCUGAUAGAAUCGAAGCUUCAGGCAAGCACCGAAUGCGAGAAGAUUCAUACGAGAGCUCAGACUGUGAGAUGCACAUCGCCAAACGACGUUGCUCAUGA